ACAGCAAGGGUUGAUCCUUUGAUUAUCCAUUACGUAACUUUGCAAGCUAGGUAGUUUUCAAAAGAAUGUAUACUGUAAAGUAUCUAACAUACUGAAAUCUCAAAUAGCGGGGAUAGCUCAGUUGGGAGAGCGUCAGACUGAAGAUCUGAAGGUCGCGUGUUCGAUCCACGCUCACCGCACUCUAAUUACUCUUUUUUGCUCCUCACUGAGACAAUGACUACAUAUUGCUCUUUCUGACUAAUCUAUCCUUCAAUUCUUUCCCUACCCCAAGUGCAAUCUGCAAAUCUGAGAUCUGCUUAUAACUUUGUUUAUACAUUCGGACAUUAAAAAAACAUAAAAGUCAAGGUUUGAUGUAGAGGAGUUAUCUUAAACAUCUCAUUUUCAAGUUUACUGCAUCCAUGUGGCUGUUUACAUCUAAUGCAUUAUUUUAUAAUUCAUACUAGACUUUCAAAGUUGUGCGUAUGUAAGGAACCGAUUUUAAUACUUGUUUAAUUUUUAUCUGACUUAUUUUGAGGACCAUGGAGAAGAUAAUCUCUCUUUAAUUGAGCCAAAAUUUAAAUACAAUUACUAAUGGUUGUAUUUUCAAUUACUUAUGUUUCUCUAUUGCUUUUCGAGAUAAAAAAUUAUGUCCUCUUGCCAAAUUGCUGCAUUUUGGCAAAUAAAAAUAACAUUUGACUAAGAAAAGAAAUAAAAAGACAGGAUUAUAGAUGAUAAGCCUGAGAAUAAGUGACUUGAUGGAAUAAUGAUGGAGAUUAGGAUGAGUGCAAUGUGGUGUUGGAUGAGCAUACUGCUGCUGUUACUAACACUCUCAAAUGGUGUAGAAGUUAAUGGACGUCAGAAGAGGCCCCUUCUUGUUAAUUUGGGGGACUCGAAUUCAGAUACUGGAGGGGUGCUAGCUGGUACUGGACUUCCCAUUGGCCUGCCGAAUGGUAUUACAUUCUUCCACCGGGGCACUGGCCGAUUAGGCGAUGGUCGUCUUAUCAUUGACUUCUUCUGUGAGCACUUGAAGUUGAACUACCUGAGUCCAUACUUGGAUUCACUGUCACCAAAUUUUACCAGCGGCGUUAACUUUGCUGUCUCGGGUGCAACCCUGCUGCCAAAGUUUGUUCCUUUUGCUUUGAGUGUCCAAGUUCGUCAGUUCAUUCACUUCAAAAAUCGGUCACUUGAGCUCCUUUCACUUGGAUCGAGGGACUUGAUCAACGAAGAAGGGUUCCGUAGUGCACUUUAUAUGAUUGACAUUGGACAAAAUGAUCUUCUAUUGGCCCUUUAUGCAUCAAAUAUAACAUAUGGUCCUGUUGCUCAAAAAAUCCCGUCCUUUCUUGAAGAAAUUAGAUUGGCUGUGCAGACAGUCUACCAAUAUGGUGGGAGAAAAUUUUGGAUCCACAACACAGGGCCCUUAGGCUGUCAACCCAAAGAACUUGCCCUGCAUCCCCACAAAAGCAGUGACCUUGAUCGAGUGGGAUGUCUUCGUGUACACAACCGAGUAGCAAAAUCCUUCAAUAAGGGGCUCCGCAUACUGUCUGAAAAUCUUAGAUCAGUGUUCAAGGAUGCUGUCAUUGUUUAUGUUGAUGUAUAUUCUGUCAAAUACAGUCUCUCUGCCAACCCUGAAAAAUAUGGAUUCAAAAACCCAUUUGCGGCUUGCUGUGGUCGUGGGGCUCCAUACUUCUACGACAGAAACGCAACAUGUGGGCAGCCAGGUUAUAGCAUCUGUAGCAAUGUAUCACAGUCUAUAGUUUGGGAUGGAGUUCAUUAUACUGAAGCUGCUAAUCGUGUAGUAGCUACAAGAAUACAGUCAGGACAAUAUUCUACCCCAAAAUUUAAGCUUGAGAAAUUCUGGAACUGACUCUUGAUUUGCGCUAAUAUAGGCAGGCUAUUACUAGUGAGUACAUUGAAUGUUUGCUUAAUCAUUACUUGAAGUGGGAUUGUUGAGCAGGAAGAUAAAGAAAAAGCUUUGUACGUACUUCCUUUGUUAUAAUUGAAAGCUUGGCUUCAUUCUGUCUUUGAGCCAAUCAAGGUUGAAAGACUAGAAUUUGCAUUUUAA